ACGAAAUUGGAAAUUGUUCAUCCGCGCGUGCUAGCAGACUAAUCUUCCAAUUUGUCAAAAUAUCUGUAUCGUUCAUGAAAAGGGUCCAAUUUGAUGACAGAGAGAUGGUCCCGUGAAAUGAUCUAUCUACCUGAAAAGCCAGAAAGUCUAGUGGGCGUGACCCUCUUUCUCUCUCAGCGUGGCAUAUAUAUAGGGAGUGACGAACGAAGUCUUUACUUGAUAAGCAGAGGUGAUGGAAAAGAAAGAGAAAAAGUUCCUUACAGUAGCACCCUUUGAGUGUGCUUGGCGAAAUGAUUUGAAAUUCCGGGAAGCAGGCAGGGGAUGUGUGGCUUUCGAAGCUUCUGCUCACAAUGAUGUCACUCUGGUAUUCAGGGAGAAUGUGGGAAGCCAGCAUUACCAUUACAAAAGAGAUAGUACUCCUCACUAUACUGUCAUACUGGGUAGUCAUAGGAAUCGACGGUUGAAAAUUGAAGUAUGUGGGAAAACGGUUGUGGAUGUGGAGGGUGUUGGUCUUUGUUGCUCUUCGGCGUUUCAGAGCUAUUGGAUCAGCAUCUAUGAUGGAUUAAUUAGUGUUGGUAAGGGAAGAUACCCUUUUCAGAAUCUUGUCUUCCAAUGGCUAGAUUCAAAUCCAAAUUGCAGUGUUCGUUAUAUUGGGCUUAGUAGCUGGGAUAAACAUGUAGGAUAUAGGAAUGUCUGUGUCCUGCCAUUAAUGCACAAUCACAUUUCCCUGUGGAAACAUGUGGACUUUGGUAAAUAUGCUAAUGAGGAGGAUGGCAAAGAGGACAUGGGAAAUGAAUGCAUAGGUUAUGAGAAAUGGGGCCUUGAAAAUUUUUUAGAGAGUUGGGACUUAUCUGAUGUCCUUUUUGUGGUGGGUUCGGAGGAAAGACUUGUACCUGCUCACAAGAUUAUCCUGGCAGCAUCUGGUAAUUUUCCUUUGAGUUCAUCGGAUGUUCUAGAGCUAAAGGGGGUAACUUAUCCAGUUAUUCAUGCUCUCCUUGAAUAUAUUUACACUGGUCGAACCCAGAUUUCAGAGUCACAACUUAGUUCCUUGAGGACUCUGGGCUUACAAUUUGAAGUGAUGCCACUGGUGAAGCAUUGUGAUGAAGCUAUGGAUCGGUUUAAGCUAAAUAAGAAGUUGUUUGACUCGGGUAAGGGUGUGGAAUUGGAAUAUCCUACCACUCCAACCCAUCAUUGUAGAGCCUUCCCCUUUGGACUUCCUGUCGAUAUGCAGAGGCUCAAACACCUGCAUUUAAGUGGAGAUUACAGCGAUGUGAACAUGUGUAUUGAGGGUAGUAACGGCCUCGUUUUCCGGCCACAUAAAAUUAUUCUCAGUUUGUGGAGUGUUCCUUUUGCAAAGAUGUUCACAAAUGGAAUGUGUGAAACCAAUUCCUCGGAGGUUCUUUUAAGAGAUGUCUCAUCAGAAGCAUUCAAGGGUAUGCUUGAAUUUAUGUACGGUGGGGAACUAAAUCUUGAAGUUACAAUGGGUUCUGGUGCUCUGUUACUGCAACUUUUGUUAUUGGCUGAUCAAUUUGGAGUCACUCUCCUUCAUCAAGAAUGUUGCAAAAUACUUUUAGAAUGCCUCUCAGAGGACUCAGUAUGUCCAAUCCUCCAAGUGGUUUCGUCAAUUCCAUCAUGUAAAUUUAUUGAAGAAACAUGUGAGAGGAAAUUUUCAAUGCACUUCGACUAUUGUACAACAGCAAGCAUCGACUUUGUUUUGUUAGAUGGGACAAUUUUUAGCAAUAUUAUUCAGCAUCCAGAUUUGACUGUAACAUCUGAAGAAAAAGUUCUUAAUGCUAUCUUAAUGUGGGGUAUGAAAUCUGAGGACUUGUAUGGGUGGGAGGUCGUGGAUGAGCUGAUGAUAUAUUCCAGCCCUGAACACCUCUUCCGGGAGAGGCUGCAGCCAGUUCAUGACUUGUUACAAUUUGUGCGAUUUCCAACACUGCCCUGUUCCUUGCUUAAGAAGUUGGAGAUGAGCAAUAUUAUUAGGAAGAUUCCUACUUUUAAUAGUCUUGUGAAGGAGGCCAUCAACUAUAACAAACAAGGAUUUACAAGGCCAGAAUUUGAGAAAAAUGUAAGAUUUCAACAUAGGAGAUCUAGUUAUAAGGAGCUUCAGUACAUACGGGAUGGAGAUAGCAAUGGAGUUCUCUACUUUGCAGGCACAUCAUAUGGGGAACAUCAGUGGGUCAAUCCUGUUCUGGCUAAGACAAUCACCAUAACAACUAGCAGUCCUCCUUCAAGAUUCACUGACCCCAAGGUGUUGGCCUCCAGAACAUACCAGGGAACAUCAUUUGCUGGACCUCGCAUGGAAGAUGGACACAAUAGUUCUUGGUGGAUGGUUGACUUGGGCAAAGAUCAUCAGCUUAUGUGCCACUACUACACCUUGCGGCAGGAUGGAUCCCGUUCCUACAUCAGAUAUUGGAAUCUACAGGGAUCUCUGGAUGGGAAAACAUGGAUGAAUUUGAGAGUACAUGAGAAUGACCAAACAGUGUGCAAGCCUGGGCAGUUUGCAUCAUGGCCAAUAAUUGGACCCAACGCACUUCUUCCGUUUAGAUUCUUUAGGGUUGUUCUAACUGGUCCUACAACAGAUGUUUCUAACCCCUGGAACUUCUGCAUUUGCCUUUUGGAACUCUAUGGCUAUUUCCACUAGUUUCUGUCUUUUGUAUAACAUAUGUUUUCUUCAUCAUCUUAAAGGCUACCUUCAAGAUGUACUUUUAAAAGUUUAAUAAAUCACGGAUUUAUCCUCC